AUGUCGGAGUUCUUCCAACUCCAGAGGGCGUCCGGAACUCCUCCACAUCACGGAACGCACAUUCUUGUACCUCCAACGAUUGUUCGCGUGCUGCUUCUGAGCCUAUACGGCUUACUGGUGGGGUUUCUCUUCUACCGGUUAGUCCUGGUAAAUUUGGAUCUCCCCGGAACCAUCGUGUUUUAUUUCGGGCUCGGAGUAACACUAGCCCUUGGUCUCGGUUGUGCCUUCUCGGUGCAAGUUCGCUGCAUGUGCGCCCUCUGUUGGAUGGGAUUUUUUGGUAAAGCCGGUCGAAACCUCCUAAAAACCAUCACCAUCACGCUCGUGCUCACCGGUCCGAUCGAGAACAUGGCACUAAACGGCAAGGAGGUGAUCCGGGUGUUGACCUGCUCCGCCGAGCUAGCCUUCAACCUGACAUUGACACGGAUCGAUCUCAUGUCGAAACCGUUCCAAAAUGCGCUGCUUCAGGGAAAGGACCGAUUACCAGAGCUUAAGCAUGAGUUUUCCCGAAUCGUCUCUAUAGUCGAACCGAUCGUGCGAGAGGUGGAGUUGUCGCCGGAAGGCCAGAACGAUGACGAUGUUGACGUAGAUCACGCUCCCAUUCGUUCCGCUGCCGAUUAUCAGCAGCAGUACGUGGCGAAGCUUAACGAGCGAUGCUUAGCGCAGCUUGAAACAGGCAUCACGCGCUGUAAGGCUGCUUUCGAGCGCACCUAUGACGAGUGCCAUGACAGCUUGCCUCCGCUCGUCAACACGCUGUUGUGUUGGCCGAUGAAGAUCGAUUUUGCGUGCAGUUCGGCUGAGCUGUUCGGUGUCGGUGCUGUCUGUCGUAUGGAGGACGUGCUAGGUGAAGAUUUUGGCGAAAAUUACCGCUUACUGAAGCAAACCGAACACCAACUGACUGGUGGAAUUGGUGACAUCCAGAUCGAUUAUCAGGUUCCUGAGUUGCGUAACCAUUCCGGAUAUUUGAAGAUCAAGAGUGCCUCGAAAGAGAUCGGCAAAGAGUUUGGCAAAAAGAAGCGCUUUCUUCGAGUCGUCUUGUAUCUAGUGCGGAAGGUGUUUGCUUUCAUCUUUCUCCGCGUGAUCUACCAGUCGGUACAGUACCACAACACAUAUCUCUGGCGGAUCGACUUCGCUAACUUCUACAUCACGGAUCAGUUCCGUCAAAUUGAUGCUCGCCGUUUGAUAGAAGGCCAUUCCACGGUGCUACCCUUGCGAGCGGUGCAACAAACCGAACUCAUCGACACACGAGCCGGAAUCUGGAACACUCUCGAACUCCGGCACGUUGUCGGGUCCUUUGCCACAGCACUCUUCCAUCUUCUCUCCACCACGGUGCUGCUCCUGAUGGAUGCACUUCUCGUCGAAACGAUGGACAUAGUCGCAAGGCACUCGAAGAUCGAUUACCACCAGCACGGGUUCCAUGGCGUCAAUGUUACGGUAACCGGUACCGGUGCGCUGGCCGAGUUGAUACGCAACACCGCCGAAGGGUUCCGCACUAACGAGCGGCUGGAUUUUCGAACCUCCAACGAGAACUGUCUGCCUCGGCCGGUGUGUCUGUCCAGUUGGACCGUCACCGGUAUCUACGGGCUGUUCUUACUGCUGGUGGUUCUCAUCACGACCGAAGCCUACGUCCAGAGGGCUCGACGGUUGAUUUGUGGCUUCUUCUAUCCCGGCCGUGAGCACAUGCGGACUGUUUUCUUGUACAACCGUGUCCUACGGCAAACGCAUGUCCUUCGAAAACGGCUCACCGAACGCGUCCAACAGUUGCUAGAGAGGCCACCAUCCAAGAAGGUUCCUUUUCGAGAGCGACUCGCUUUACAUCACCCACACUGGCUCGGUUGGGUUAGAUCUGGCAGGUGUUCGAUUUGUCGAGGUUCCGGAGCGCCCAAUGAAUGUCCUGGGUGUGAAUGCUUCCUGCGGUAUUGUGAUGGUUGUUGGCAGGACCUCGACCAGCGGUGUGUAGCUUGUCCCGAUCUGUCAGCAACAAGCGACGAGAUGAGCCACCCGAGCCUGGGUCAGCGUGUGACAUCCUCCGGCAAGAAUUUGACAGCACCGUUACGCUGCUCCCUGGCGAGCUGCUAA